AUGAACUUCAACGCGGCGCAGCGCAUAGGGGCUCGUCCGGCGGUUGGCGAGGACCCCAACGCGUCGGUGUUGCUCCCCGAGUUGCUUCCACGCGAUCACGACAUCAUCCUGGUCGCCGGUGAUUUUAACUAUCGCGUGAACCUGACCUAUGACGAGGCGGUGGGGCUGGCCAGCCGUGGCGAAGUGGCCAAAUUGCUCAAAUAUGACGAACUCAUCCACGAGAUGGAGAACCCCCACUCGCCGUGGGCCGGCUUCCGCGACCUCACGCCGACCUUCCUGCCCACCUACCGGUUUAAUAUCGGCACGAAUACCUACGACACCAGCGGAAAGCGCCGGGUGCCGAGCUACACGGACCGUAUUUGUAUCUGGACGAAACGUGAGGGGAUGCAAGAGCUGGUGAAGGUCGACCGCCUCCGGGCCCUCAGCGAGGUUCUCAUGAGCGAUCACAAACCCGUGCAGGCGCAGCUGCGGUUGCCCGUACGGGUGGAGGUCCCGCUCAAGAAGAGUGAAGUUACGCGGCGGCUGCGGGAUAACGUCCGGAGGCUCGGCCUGGAUCGCGCUUCCAGCACGCACAUCUCGGUGAACCCGUCCGUUCUCGAUUUCGGAACGCAUAAGCUGAAUCAGUGUGAUGUGCGGUUAUCCUUCAAGGUGUCGAAUACAGGGCCAUGCGCCGCCGUGGUUCGAAUCCUGCGGCAGUGCCUUGCAGACGUCUGGGAGGGCACGUGGCUGUGCGUAUCGCCGCUGGAUUUCGUCGUGGUUCCCGGCGAAGCCCAGGAGGUGGAGGUGGUGGUGAAGAUCCAUCCGGGGUCGACGCCGUGGCUAUCGCGCUGGAUACCGUUUAACUGCCAAGUCCAGCUGGAGGUGUCGUCGAUUUUGAUGGUCUGCGUGCGCAAUGGUCCACUGGCCUGUGUGGAGUGCAAGACCGUGUUCGAGCCCAGCAUCCUCGGGAAUAGCCUCACAAGCCUGAUGUUGCUCGGUUCCGAGCCCUGCACGAAGGCGUACGCGCGGAACGAAGACCUGAGGGAGGUGCUUUUUAUCCAAAAGCCGCAUGUCCCCAAGGAAUUUUGGCACCUCGUCAACGUCAUCGUUGCGCAUCCAUGCGUGCCGGGGUUGUUCACGAAGUCCUCAAAGUUGGAAAAGUGCAAGCAGAUCAUCGAUGAGCUGGAUUCGGUCGGGGCCUUACCGCAGGGCACGACAGAUGCUCACUCCGCUGCCGAGUGCCUGUUGAAGUUGCUCCACAACCUGCAGGAGCCGGUGAUUCCAUUCGAGCACUAUGAGGCGGCUCUGCGUGCAGGUGAGAUAUGCGGUAAAGCCCCACUGAUCUUUCUUUCCACACUCCCCACGAUUCACGCAAAUGUGUUUAUAUACAUCAUGGGGAUGCUGAAUUUCCUUCUACGUCCAGUAAACGCACGUAGUAAUGGGCUGACGAUCGAGCUAGUAGCCCAAAUCUUCAGCAACGUGCUUAUUGCUCCCCCGCCAAUUUCCCAAGGACGGAUUCAUGAACGCCUCCGACAAGGUGGUGGUGUCGAUCAACACGUUCGAAGACAAAUCCAACGUGAGAAGAAGGCAGCGCGUUCGCUGCUGGAGUUCUUCUUAAGCUCUCCACCCGCCCUCCUCCAGUAUUGA